CCCCAUAUAAAGCCCCACUACAGUCCUGUGCAACACAACCCUCCCCAUUGACCACUUGCAAGACUUGUGAUUUUCUUACACAUUUUCCUGGAGUCAUCCUUCACACAAAGGUCAAGGUUUUAAUUCACACCGCACCUGACGUAACUGAGGGUCGUGGCAACAUGACAGGCUGCUUGGCUUUGGUCUUCUGUGUGGCAGCCCUGACUGCAUGGAGAGGCACUGCAGAUGCCAAGGAGUUAUCCAUCACCACUAUAAAGCAAGAACCGUACACCAUGAGCAGAGGCUCUGGGUUCGAGGGCUACUGCAUUGAUCUGCUCUCUGAGCUCUCCAAGAAGCUGGGCUUCAAGUACAAAGUGCACCUGGUGAAGGACAACCGCUACGGAGCCAUGGACUCCAGCGGCAAAUGGAGCGGCAUGAUUGGUGAAAUAAUCAGAGGGGAGGCUGACCUGGCAGUGGCUCCGCUGACCCUCACCGCCGUCAGAGAGCAGUUUGUGGAUAUGUCCACCCCCUUCAUGCAAACAGGAAUCAGCUUCCUCAUGCGCAAAGACAUGGCCUCUGAAGAGAGCAGCUUCAGCCUGCUGUCACCUUUCUCCACCGACAUGUGGGUUGGCAUCCUCAUUGCGUUCCUGCUAACAGGUCUCUGCAUAUUCCUGAUAGGCAGGAUCAGUCCCACUGAAUGGGCUGAGCCAGACACAGAGGAGCACAGCUUCACGUUGGUGCACAGCUUCUGGUACAUCACAGGAGCUCUGACCCUGCAAGGUGCUGGUCCUCAUCCCAAAGCCCUGUCUGGACGUGUAGUCAGCGCCAUCUGGUGGCUGUUCGCUGUACUGCUUCUGGCCAGCUACUUUGGCAACUUCAACUUCAUCAUGUCACACUCCAACAGCAAACACGCAUCCGUCAAGAGUUUCGAAGACCUCGCUAACCAGGAUGUGAUCGAUUAUGGAACAGUCGACGCUGGAUCCACCAUGUUUUUCUUUAAGAAUUCCAACAACCCCAUUUACCGGCGUAUCUACGAGCACAUGGAGCGUAAGAAGAGCUACGUGUCCAGCCAAGAGGAGGGUGUUCGCCGUGCCAAGGAGGGAAACUUUGCCUUCAUCGGUGAAGCCGUGUCCUUGGACUUGGCAGUGGCUCGCGACUGUAAAUUGUGCCGUUCAGAUGAAUCCAUCUCUAUGAGAGCCUACAGCAUCGCAGCCCCUCUGGAUUCCCCACUGGUCAAAAACCUAACCAUGGCCAUCCUCCAGCUCAGUGAGUCCGGUGAGCUGACUUAUCUGCGGAACAAGUGGUGGGCCAGCAGCUGCGUGGACGCUGACAGGGACCAUGCCUCCGAGGGCCUGCAGCCCCACGACUUGCGGGGCCUCUUCCUCCUCCUGGGCCUGGGACUGGGUGUCGGGCUCCUCCUGGCCCUGCUGGAGCUCGUAUCCAGGGCCCGCAGCCAAGCUAAGGAUUGCAAGAAAUCAUGCUGCUCGGUGUUGACAUCAGAGCUAAGCCGGCGAUUCGGCAGCAAAGCGGAGAGUGCAGAGCAAGACGACUCAGACAAAAGCAAAGCCUAAAAGAAAAGUUAUCGUGUCAGUCAGAUUACAAAAAGCUGAGCGCCUCAGUCCUGUUCCAUCAAACCCACUAUAGCUUCCUGUGUUUCCGUAGUAACGGCUAUGUGUUGUGUGGUCGGUCAGCGUGUUUCGUACUCUUCCAGAAAAGCUCGACUAGCAGAUACUGUACAGCAUAUUAACACAAACCAAGGAUCUUAGAGCUUGAAACUGCAAAUACUAAUCACUCUGAUUUGUUGACUGUACAAUGUUGUUGCAUGUUAUCAGAUAUCCAUAUCCCACUCACCUACUAACUUGUGUAUAUUCCUUGUUGAACUAGAAUAGUUUUAUAAAAGUUUUGCUUAGAUAUUCCAAAUAAAUCCCCAAUAUCCCAAAUUUCAAAAUCAACAAUGCAACUUUAUUGUUCAUGGUGGAAGUUUGUUUUUGAAUACAUAGCAGACCAAAACUUUAUCAAAACAUGUAACAUUAGAGACAACAAUAUAAAAGACAACAAACAAGCUCUACUGAUAAGCAAACUAUGAAGUGUAUUCCAGAAAAGUAGUAAAAGCCCUCAGAUUACUGCCCUUAUCAAUAUGUUUAUAUUUAUAAUGGAUUAAAUAACUGUGUAACGUAAAAGGUGUCACAGAAGGAUCACCAAUACUACUGUUCACCGCACCUCUACAAAGCUUUUUAGCAUCUUUUAGCUCAUUGUUUUGCUUUUGCUGCCACAAAAUACACUUCAUCGACCAGCUCUGAUAAACACACUGUACACUAACUGUGUUGGGUGUUUGGUGCUGGGCAGGUAGAGACUAGCUGGUAGGGGUAUAACGCAAAGCUGUCUGUGUCUGUUAAUGUUGCAACAAUAUCUGUAUUCGUAUGAUAGCUGAAGUGGGCGUCUAGUGUCAACAAAAUAGUGUAAUGACAAUUAAUGUAAUAGAUUUUUUUUAACCAUGUACCUGAAUUCACAAAUAAUAACACACACACAUGCAAGGUUAGUUGAGAAAUAUGAGUGAGAAUUGUAUUGGGCAAUAGGCCUAUAGUAUGAUUAUCUUUAAAAACUGGAUAGGAGGAGGCCCAGAUGAAUGUAAAAGUUGGUCUGAAGUGUCUAUGAUUAAAAAAGAAUAUUGACAAAAAUAA